AUGUUUCAGCAUCCAACCAUCAUAUUGCUCACAGCAUAUAUAGCGAAUGCCGUAAGACUAAACAGCCUAUUUCAAAUGCUGGACGGGUUCAAGUCAGACUUUAACCUCCAAGGACAACUCCACGUUGGCAAAGACUACGCUAUAUUCCUAAGAAAACCGCAGGCACACGACAAGUACCUAACAUACGAACUAUAUCAGACGAAGAACGUUGAUGAUGACGAUUCUCAACCAAAACUAUUAGCAAUAUCCAAAAUACCCGUUUCGUACGUUCGAGAACAAUUGAGAAUAUUCCGGGAUGAAUUGUAUAGAACGAAGUAUAUAGACAAUAAUGUUAUACCGGGCACUCAAGUGAAAACAUUGAGAGAGUGGCAAAUAGAGAGGGCAUUGAACUCUCAGAAUAAAGCCUUAAUGGUCGGAGAGCCGUCGGUUUUGCGAACUCUGGUUCUGUAA